AUGGGAUUGCACAAAAACUACUUCAAAGUUGGACAGAAUGCUAGCAAUCAGCUGUUCGGUUUGCCACCCGGCCAGAAUGGACCGACGCCGCUAUCGAUGCUCAUUUCGCAAGGAGCAAAGUUUAACAGCAAUCGCAUUGCGGUAAUUAUAUUUGGAAUUGUCACCCUUAUUGCCGGUGUUAUACUAUCGUCCGUACCUUGGCUAAACAUAUUCAUCAUGAAGAAUCUGAGACUAUGGAACGGAACGAUAAGCUUCCACUAUUGGCAGCGUCCGGGCGUGACUAGGCUAACUAAGGUGUACAUAUUUAAUGUUACUAACCCGGAGGGGUUCCUCUCCGGUGAAAAGCCAAAACUAGUUGAAGUAGGACCAUUCGUGUAUAGGGAGGAUAUGGAGAAAGUGAACAUCAAGUUUCACGACAACUACACCGUGACGUACCAGCACAAGAAGAUUCUGCAGUUCGUUCCUGAGCUUAGUGUAGACAAAAACCUUCGCAUUACGACACCAAAUAUUCCACUGCUGACCAUCUCCACCCAAAGCAAGUACCUCAACUUUAUGCUCGCCAAGACCAUAUCGGUAUUACUAACGGCAACCAAAUACGAACCGUUCAUUUCACUGACGGCCGACGAGCUGGUAUUUGGUUACGACGAUACGCUCGUCAGUUUGGCCCAUAAGUUCUAUCCCCGAAAACGACGACCCAUGGACAAGAUGGGCCUACUGAAUGGGAGAAACGGAACGCUUACGGAGUACGCAACGAUGCACACGGGCCAUACGGGUAUGGAGAAGUUUGGAUACUUCGACAAGCUGAACGGGCUGGACCAUCUUCCGCACUGGGAAAAUGAACCGUGCCGCAGCAUACAGGCGUCAGAGGGAAGCUUCUUUCCGCCGCGUGACAGCACGCAGAAGGAUGUGGUGUACAUCUACGACAAGGAUCUCUGCCGUACGCUACCGCUGGUUUAUCGGAAACCGGUCGAAAAGGAUGGUAUAUCUGCCGAUCUGUACACACUUUCCGAGGAUGCCUAUGGACCACCGAACAAGAACAACAGCUGCUUUGACCAUUCCAACUACCAGAAAUACUACGGACUGCAGAACAUUAGUCCAUGCCAGUAUGGUGCCCCAGUUUACAUUUCGAACCCGCACUUCUUACGGUCCGAUCCACAGCUUCUAGACGCUGUUGAAGGUCUUCAGCCCAAUACCGAACAGCACGAAACGUACUUCAAAAUACAACCCAAACUGGGCGUCCCGCUGGAGGGUCAGGUACGGGUGCAGCUCAAUAUGCUAGUCGAGAAAGCUCCGCACGUGAUGGCAACCAAAGACUUCCGAGAUUUCGUAUUUCCCAUCAUGUGGCUCGAAGAGGGUGUCAGCGAACUAACGCCUCCAAUUCGGCGGUGGAUCUACCUGGCGACGGUAUUCGCGCCAACUGCCCUGCCCAUCCUAUCGUACGGCAUGAUCCUAACCGGUGCCUUCGCGAUGAUCUACGUCUUCGUCCGGGCGUACAAGAACUUCGUCUUCACGGACGAUCCUACCACGGAGCUACUCGAUAUGGGUCGGCGAUCGCUCCGAAGAGGUAGCCAUCUGAUCAGCAACGGGCAGCAUCGGAUACUGCACCGAGAUAGCUACAUCCUGCUAAAGGCCAACGGUGAAACCACCAUCGCCGCCCCAACCGAGCAGGAGACCGGCACGGCAACGGAAAGUAAUAGCAGCAGCAGUAACAAUAACAAUCAUCUGCUUCACAACCACAACCUGCUGCAUAGUCAUCACCAUCAUCUGUACAUUCAACCGAAGGACCAAAGUCUGCUAUCGGAGGAGGACUCACCUGCCUAG